GUGUUUCUGAUGAGAAUAUAAAAUAAAAAGAUACCUUACUCAAACUUGUGAGUCUAAUCAUAGGCUUCGUGGUAGAAAGACGUUUAAGUUCCUACACUGAGAUUACUUUCCUGAACAUGGCUUAUCAACUACAAAUAGUUCUUUUCUGUGCUUCCCUCCUUGUGGUAACUGUUAUUGCACGUCCUCAAGUCUGGAAUAUUGGUUUUAAUCCAAGGCAAACUUCUGCCCCAACACAAGCUCCAACUGUUCCUAACACUUCCACUACAGCCCCAGUCCAGGCCACAACUCCUUCGAAAGCAUUCUAUAACUGUGUUUCAAGGUGUCCAUCGACUUCGGAGUACAAUCCUAUUUGUGGAAGUGAUUCAGUAAAUUAUCACAAUUUGGGAAGAUUGAAUUGUGCAGCUAUGUGCGGAACAGCUGUGACAAUGGUACGACAAGGGACAUGUUUGCCUUUGGGCUAGAAAUCUAUAUCAAAAAAUUCUUAGAAGUCAUUUAAUUUAAAUUAAGAUAAUUCAACACGCGCUUAUUAUAAAAACAAACGAAACAAUAAAACUAGUUUUCUAUUUUUAUUAAGUAA